UCCAAGGCCCCAGAGGCUGUGCAGGAGGUCGGGCUGGGUGGCGGUCAGCGGCGGGGCCCUGGCCAAAAUCCAGCAGAGUCGCCAGGACGCCCAGACACAGAAGACGGGGCGCGGGGAGGGUUGGGGGAACCACAGCGGUAAGGCGCGCGAGCCGGGACGUGAGCGAGGACUGACUCCUGUCGCUUCCCGUAGCCGCCCACGGACGCCCGAGCCGGGAACCCGGACGGCACCUAGCGGCGGACGGACAACCUCCUCCGUGGCGCGCCUGUGACACCAGUCCCUGGGGCCAGUGCCUCAGUUUCAAUCCAGGUAACCUUUAAAUGAAACUUGCCUAAAAUCUUAGGUCAUACACAGAAGAGACUCCAGUCAAGAAGAAACUGGAAAGAAUGAUGUUGUCCUUAAACAACCUACAGAAUAUCAUCUAUAACCCGGUAAUCCCCUAUGUUGGCACCAUUCCUGAUCAGUUGGAUCCUGGAACUUUGAUUGUAAUACGUGGGCACGUUCCUAGUGAUGCAGACAGAUUCCAGGUGGACCUGCAGUAUGGCAGCAGUGUGAAACCUCGAGCCGAUGUGGCCUUUCAUUUCAAUCCUCGUUUCAAAAGGGCCGGCUGCAUUGUUUGCAAUACUUUGAUAAAUGAAAAAUGGGGAUGGGAAGAGAUCACCUAUGACUCACCUUUCAAAAGAGAAAAGUCUUUUGAGAUCGUGAUUAUGGUGCUGAAGGACAAAUUCCAGGUGGCUGUAAACGGAAAACAUACUCUGCUUUAUGCCCACAGGAUUGGCCCAGAGAAAAUAGACACUCUGGGCAUUUAUGGCAAAGUGAAUAUUCACUCAGUUGGUUUUAGCUUCAGCUCGGAUUUACAAAGUACCCAAGCAUCUAGUCUGGAACUGACAGAGAUAAGUAGAGAAAAUGUACCAAGGUCUGGCAUGCCCCAGUAUAGCCUGCCAUUCACUGCAAGGUUGAACACCCCCAUGGGCCCUGGAAGAACUGUCGUCGUUAAGGGAGAAGUGAAUACCAAUGCCAAAGGCUUUAAUGUUGACCUACUAGCAGGAAAAUCAAAGGAUAUUGCUCUUCACUUGAACCCACGCCUGAAUAUUAAAGCAUUUGUGAGAAAUUCUUUUCUUCAGGAGUCCUGGGGAGAAGAAGAAAGAAAUAUAACCAGUUUCCCGUUUAGUCCUGGGAUGUACUUUGAGAUGAUAAUUUAUUGUGACGUUAAAGAAUUCAAGGUUGCAGUAAAUGGUGUACACAGCCUGGAGUACAAACACAGAUUUAAAGAGCUUAGCAGUAUUGACACACUGGAGAUUAAUGGAGACAUCCACUUACUGGAAGUAAGGAGCUGGUAGCCUACCUACACAAAAUACAGAAUGCUACAAAAACUGAAAUACAGAAUGGCUUCUGUGACACUGGCCUUGUCAAAACGCAUCUCACUGUCACUCUAUUGUUUAUAUUGUUAAAAUAAGCUUGUGUACCGUUAGGUCCUGCUGGGUGUUCUCAGUCCUUGCCAUGAAGUAUGGCAGUGUCUUGCACUGAAUGGGGAAAUUGGGGGCAGUGGCAUUGAUAGCCAGUUAAAGCCACUCUACCCUCUCUCCUACUUUGACUCUAAGACUCACAUUCAACAAGUAUUUAUGGAGUACUUACUAUAAUACAGUAGCUAACAUGUAUUGAGCACAGAUUUAUUGGUUAAAACUGUGCAAGGAGAUGGGAUUAAUAAUUGGUGGUGAAACAAACCAGUAUGUUCCCUGUUGUCUUGAGCUUCGACUCUUCCAUGCUUUACCGCUGUGCACUGCUUCUACAGGCAUUGCAUCAACUCCUAAGGGGCCCUCUGGGAUUAGUGAUGCAGCUGUUAAAUCACCUGAAGACACUAAUUUAUAGAAGACACUACCCCUUCCCCAGUGCUCACUCAUAAGCAGUGCUCCAGCGUACCCCGUAACUGCGAGGACUGAUGUUGACUUACAUCGAUUCGUUUUGUUUAGCAUAAUAAACAUUUAGCUCUAUUAGCUGCAAGCUUUACCAAAUAAUAUGACAUCUGAACACAGCACGGAAAUUAAGGCAAAAAACCCAAAGCAAAACAAAAAAAAUAAA